ACUCGGACUGGCUUUUCCGGAUAACUACUACAUACCAUCGACAUCGCUAGUAGAGUGUUCUUGGUCUUUCGGACGACGUCGCAUCAUGCCCCAAAAGGAUCCCGAUGUCCUGGGCCCCCUCUGGCACAUCCCAUGUCUCUGCGAGCCCAACGACUACGAUAAGCAAGGCUUUUUCGACUACCCUUCACGGCACGGCUGGAGGAUCGACUACACGACCGAUGAUGGGCCGGUGCGCGUCUCUGGAGAUGGAAAGACGCUAUCUUCGUCGGCCGCAGAGAAAGUUGCUUUCUUGCAGGCAUGGUUGUUCUUCGGGAUGUUGCACGAGGCUUUCCGAAUCUUUGAAGUCCCCAUCGAUUUGGAAGAAUUCGUUGUGCGCCCCGCCGAAGGAUCCGUUCAGUGCAUAACCACCUUUCCGGCCAGGCAGUACUUCGGGCAAUGCAUCGAUGCCGGCAAGAGAACAAUAAAGUCCUGCGUUAAGGCUCACGAAGACCUUGCAAAGCUUUUCAAGCUCGUCUCUGGGAUGAUCUCGCGGUACGAGGACACGGUGUCGCCAACGUCGUGGCGAAUAUCCGACGUUCUUCCGCUCGACGCCAUCCUUUGCAUUCAGGUGCUGGGCGAAUCGCUCAUCAACCUGGCGAAGAUAACGAUCCAUGUCCCGCUGUACGACUCGGCACUGGCAGACGACGGGAAAGUUGGAUUCAAUCGGGCUACGAAUCCUCUACAAGCACGCAUGUUGCAAGGCGGAUGGUGUAUCAGCGCCACUACUAUGCUGCACGAUUUGCUGGAUACGACGAGUCUGUACAUUGCCAGCCACCAUAGCAGCUGCACAAAGGUCCAAUGCUACGCGAACCAGGUUGAUGAGGAUACGUACGAAACGAAACAUACCGAGGAUUGUCAAGGUUGUGAGCAUAUCUCGGUGGACGUCGAGCAGGUCGUUUCGAUUCUAAGGAAAGGCCAGAUCCCGCUGUUGGAAGUCGUCACGGACCGUCCGUACGUCGCGCUUUCGCAUGCCUGGGCGCAGGGCUUGGGGAAUGCCCACAACAAUUCUCUUCCAUACUGCCAGUUGUCGAGGAUUAAAGGAAUGAUUAGCGAACUCAACCCAUCCGUCUCCGGACCGAAAAGUUCUUGCAAGCUCGCUAUCUGGGUUGACACGCUGUGCAUCCCGGUGGCCAUCACCCGUCUCGCCACAACAUACUACGAAUCAGAGCACGUCCUAGUUCUCGACACAGGCCUGAUGACCACCUCCCGGCUCGCAAGCCGUAUGGAGAAAUGCACGCGUAUCCUUAGCUCGGCGUGGUUCCGGCGGCUGUGGACGUACCAGGAAGCGGUGCUCUCGAAGAAUGGCAAUCACGGCGACAAGCUGCAAAUCCAAUUUUCGGACGGACCAAGUCUCUGGCACUCGGAAAACGCACUCUACAGUCUUUUGCUCAUGCUUCCUCUGCAUGGCAAUGUCGCGGUUAAGCUCACAUACCUUGCGCGCGUGCUCCAAUACCGUCGCACCAGUCGGCAAGAAGACGAGGCCAUAUGCUUGACCUCCGUGUUGGGAUACGACCGCAUGGCUGUCUUCUAUUCGUUGGUCGACCGUGUCCCACGGAACCUGAUAUUCGGCACGACGCCUCGCCUCGAAACCGCGGGCGCCCGCAUUGCAACCGCCGAAAACGCCGAUUUCCGCUCUAUAACUCCUCCGACAUGGCCGCAUCGUCACUUUUCGCUGACCGAGGGGCCGGGAAAGCGACAUUGGUCAUUGAGGCCGGUGGAACGAAAGUCCGGAAAGAAUCAAGUGGAGUGGAAUGAGCUUUCACAGGACUUGGAGGCGGGUGCGGUGAUUCUCAAUCAGGACCGCAAGGUCGGGUUGCAUGCACUGGUCUCGAUAUUGAGGGAAGACGGAGGGACUCGGUUCUGCCGGUUUUUGAAAUUGGGUGUGAUUACGGUGGGGAAAGUGGAAAGAGUGCCCAAUGGCGUUCCUCCACUGUGGUGCAUGGGAUAACUGGUCGUCCACCGCUUCAAAUACGAGCGGUACUGGGUCAAAACAUCCUCCCAUUUUCUGUUGUAUAUCGGUACCUCACGCUGGGAGCUGUGUGUAGCAUCUGUUUUUGUUUUGUUUAAUGAAGUCUUGUCUGCUG